AUGAUGAGGGAUUACAACGGAGAUGUCAUACACAUGGAGGGAAACGACCUGCUAAUAAAUCACGUGGAUAGUAAUGAGAAGGGUGGAAAAUACAGCGUCCGAUUGUUCAAAUUAAAGUCAAAGAACGAUAAGUCAAGGCAAUAUGAAAUUAACAGCUCCAUGUCGUCUGAAGCAUUCUUGAAAGGGUACCUACAUAACAGCUCCGAUUUGGUGAUGCUCUCAGAUGACACCUUUUCUCUCUACGAUUGGGGGAAAAAAAAAAAAAACACAUUAAUAAAUUUGAAUGAUUGCGAGCCAAUCGAUUUUGUAUAUUUUAAAAAAAACAUCAUAUUUAUACAAAAGAAUAAAUGUUCCCUAUUUCAAGCGAGGACUAAUGGGAGAUGUAGUAUUAUGCUAAAUUUGAAGGAGCCUCCUGUGAAGGUGAAUUUCUGCUCGCAUAAGAAGAACAUGAUAUAUUUGAGUACAAAAAGUAGAAUAUACUUUUUGAAGCUACUUUGCCUGAAGGACAAAACAUUGAAACUGUGUAAUACGAACAUGAGUCUCCCUGCAAAAUGCCGACAGGAGGAGCAUGUAUACCAUUCGCACCGAAAUGAACACCUGCAGGGGAGGAAUGAAUACAAAGAGGUCAUACACGUCUGUAGUUACUCAUGUAAGGAUGUCACUGUGUACAAAUUGGUAAAGGGGAAAGUGAAGAAUAAACAAAAGUGCCUUACCAAGCUCGAUAUAAGGAUGCUAAAUGAUGAGUCCAUAAAAGGGGUUUUUUUUUUCAAAGUCAGGCACCAUUCGAGGGAUUGCAACUUUGGGGAGGAGUCCGCACCAGAAGGGAGACAUCUUGGUACCUCCAACGGGCGAGGUGAAGAAGUGAGACAUGUCAGUCCUGCCAACGAGGGAGAAAAAUCCCACGAUGGGGAACCCCCCUACGAUUUUGUAGACUCCAAAGAAGUACCCAAAGGGGAAGGCCAAAGUGGGGGGGUAGAAGGAGCCCAUGAAGAAGAAACAAGCGGCACAUCCGCUACAAAGGAAUACCUUACGAAGCUGUACCUACUGAUAUACAGCGAGAGUGGCAAAGUGCUGAUAUACCUCAUCGACCACCUGAACAUCCCCCAUUUUAAGUUCGGCCUCGCACACGUCAGCAAGUGCCCGCUAGCACACAUGCAGUUACCAUUCAAAGUAGCGCAAAUAUACAACACAUCUGAUCAUCUUCUCAAGAGAGUAAUGAAACAGAAAUAUAUCAUAAAAAAGAAAAAAGAAAAUUCCCCCAAUUUUGCAAAAUACAUGGAACAUAUGGUUAAUAAAUACGCCUACAUAAAUAGUAACUUUUUUAUGGAUACAAUUUUUAUGAAUGAAAAAUCGGCUGUCGUUUAUACGAUACAGAUUCGUCAUGAUUUCUUAACCCUCCCAGAAGAGGAUGCAGAUUGUGCAGAUGCUGUAGAUGCGGCGGAUGCGGCAGAUCCUGUGCUGCUGAAGGUGAUGAACUCGAAUGAGAAGAUUGUGGCCAUUAAAGAUGUAGACGAUAGUGAGGUGAAAAAAAAUUUGGUUAACAAAAUUUUGAGUGAAUCGAAAUUUUCUUGCUACUCUGAUAGCGACUCCUAUAUUGACAGCGACAUCACGUGGAAUGACGACAGUGACAAAACGGACAGUUGCGAUGAGGACACAUCGGAUUACAGCGAGUGUGACGUAACGGAGGAGCAGGGCCAUGUGACUAAUGGCACGGGGGAUGACGCGGUGAAACUCAACAUGCCCCUGCCCGGGGGAAAAACCAAAUUAAGACAAAUGGUCCGCGAUGAAGCAAGUAAGAACGCUCCAAAAAGUUGUGCCCCUAACGAUGCCCACGGCGACUUGCAUGGUAGUAUACUGGACGACCUGCAGGCCGACCCUCAUGACGACACGUCCGCCCCCGAGGAAGAACCCUCCGAUGGAAGCAGCCAUGAAACGGAUCAUCUCAAACGGAGCGAGGAACGCGCCGAAACGGGAAACACACAGGGGACUGACGAAUUCGAGGUCACCACGAAUGUGUCAAGAAAUGACGGAAGUUUGUCCAACACGACGCGCGAAAAUAGCGGGACGCACGGGUCGUGUAGUUCGACGCCAUCCUUGGGGGGCAGCGACACUGUACAGGGCGGGGUGGAGGAGGAGCAAACGGACGGAUUGGCCGAAGCAGGAAGAGUAAACGGACGGAGCGGAUUGAACGAUGAUGUCGCCCAACAGGCGGGCGAGGAAAGGAAAAAAAGAAAAUUGAAAAGCGAGGAACAUGGACCAGGGGCGGAGAUUGCAGAGGGAAAUUUUACAAAACGGGAAAAUGUGAAGAAGCCUAAAGUUGGAGACAGUCCAUUAAACGAAUUGACAUGCGAAGUAGGCGGCGAAAUGGGCGGCGAAGUGACACGCGAAGUGACGUGUCAAGUGACCCGCCAAGUGACGGGCGACGUGGCAGAUGACGUGCCGAGCCGGAACAGAGCGAACAAGACCGAGGACUGCUUUAACGAUAUCGACAGCCACUCCGAAGAUGAGAGGAAAAACAAUGAUGACGAAAGUGUAAUCACCCCCAGUGACACAUUCUUAGCCUUAUCAUCCAUGAUAAAGUUAAAUAUAUCCCUAGGAAGAUACCAUAAGAUAAUUAUGUUGGUCAAUGUAAAGGGCAAGAAAUUGAUCAGAGAUACAGUUGUCAAUUUGGGAAAAAAAUAUUCCAUAAAAUUAUUAGAGCUUCUUUUAAAUUCUCUAGCAAGGAAUAGAUUUUUUCUAAACACUUUUUUUUUCUGGAUUAAAGCCAUAUGUAAAGAGUAUAAAGACACGCUGAAGGGAAGGAAGCAUCGUAGACUGGUGACCAAGAUAUCUCUUAUCGCGGAAAACAAUUUGAAGAAUGAAUGUAUAAUAAAACAUGUUAUAAACAGAAUUGAUGUUACCAUCGACCAUAUUAGAAAAAACCAAAUUUCGGACAAUGACGAAAUUUUAAAUUAUCAAGAUGGAACCAUCAUGAAGUGA